AUGCCGUUGGAUAUUACACAAGAAAAAAUUGAACAAUUUAUUGCCGGUCAAUUGGGUGAAGAAGGUGAAACUGAAUUUUUAAAAAGAAUUGUUUCGUCCAAUGAACGUUCAGAAACUGAAAGAAUUUUGGCUAAAGUUCAAAUGAUUCAAGGAGAUUUGAAUACACGUCUUAGACAAGGAGUAGAAGAGAAUUAUCCUCGUUUACUGGAACAAGUUUCUGCAAUUGAACAUUUGGACAGUGCCCACACCCAUUUCCAACAUGAAAUGGAUUCUGUAACUAAAAAAUUUGAUCAAAUAGCAAAUGAAGUGCAAAACAAGUUGGAUAAUGUCCGUUCAAGUGUUCACGCAAUUUCCAAUUUAACAAAAAUAUGUCAAGAAUUGGUAAAUUUAUGCAAAGAAGAAAAAGAUUUGUUAAAAAAGGCUGAAUAUGCAACUGAAUUUGUCUCACUAAUAAAAUCAAAUGAUAAACUUUUAAAGUUAAAAUGGCUUCAUGAAAGCUGUCUAUUCAAAAGAGAAUUAAUUGUUUCAAAAAUACGUCAAGAAUUGUUUGAACAACUUCGAUCUUCUUUACGGUCACUUAAUGCUGGUGUUGUUAAUUCUACAAUGAAAGCAAUGCAAAAAUUGAUAGACAAUUCAACAGUUUAUCAAAAAGAACUUUCUUCACUAAUGGACGAAUCACUUCGUGAACUUGAUGGACUUUUCUUGCAGUUAGGUACACAAUCUAAUACUGAAAAGGCUAGCAAAUUUUUGCCUCAAUUGGGAACAAAACUGCACAGUCAAAUGGAGCAAUUUCAACUUCUAGGCACUGAUAAUGCUCAACAUUUUGCUAGACUUGUUGGAAAAGUGAUUGCUAACAGAGUCCCAGCAAAUGCUCCAUAUGCAAUGCGUUUAGUUCAAACAAUUUAUAAAUCUUUGGGAUCACAUUCAGAUUCUGUCGCUAAUGUUAUUAGAGAUGCAUUACAUCCAUUAAAGACAAGUAUUCACAGUCAAUCACUUGCUAAUUUGUUUGCUGCAAUUGAUGAAAUUUUGGAACAAGAUGAAAAAAGAGAGGCUAUAAUUGUUGAAAAGUUAAAUGCAGUAUUGCGUGCAGAAUUGUCAAGUGUCAAUUGGGAUAAAGAUUUGCAACGUGAAAUGGAAAUAAAUAUUGGAAAAGCAUUAAAAUAUUUAGCAGUAAAAUUAGAAAAUAAUUUAAAAUUUGGAGAGGAAGAAGAAUUGAGGUUUAUUGGAAGAGUUUCUAAAACACAACUUCAAAAUUAUUUAAUUUUAAAUAUUGGAUAUGAAAUGACUAAAUAUUGGCCUAAUUUGUGUACUCCUUUUAAUGCUUUAUUGAAACCCGCGUUGGAAACUAUUGUAGAUGCAAUGCGUGGACUAGUUUCUUUAGUUUUGGCGUCAAUGCAUGAAGAAGAUAUGUCUAAUGCUUCAGCCAGUUCUUCUGAUUAUAUUAAAGAACUUUGUGGUCAUUUAAGAAUUUUCCGUCAGCAUUGUAUUCAAUUAAAACCUUUAAAUGAAUCAUUUGAUGUAUUACCCUCUUUUAUAAAUUUUUGUAUAGAACAAUAUUUGCUGCAUAUUUCUCUUAUACGGCCACAAAAAGACGCUAUUUUAAAAAGAUUUGUUAAAGAUUUUGAUUAUUUAUGUAAAAAUGGAUUGCAGAUUUUUGACUGUAAAUAUUCCAAAAUGUUAAAUUCAUCAAAUCAAAUAAUAAAUUUUAUUCAGUUAAUGCCUAAUAAAUUUGAAGAAAUUUUUAAUGUUAUGGAAGAAGAACAGAAACAAACAGUGGCUUUAACGUAAAAUUGUUUUUCUUUUCA